UAACAGCAGACUUGUCUAACUACAACAGCUGCUGAUCUGCUUCAUUUACAUCUCGAACUUUCACUGUACGCAGUCGCGCAGGAAAACUGGACGGAACAUCUGUUCGGAGCAGGAGAAACGGAGCCUACUUUCGGUGACAGGUACGUGGACUCCACACGCGACUACGUGAGCAGGGGAGAUAUUAGAAACAGAUACAGGAGACAAGUAUAUGACUGUGUGUACAACUAAAUACAGAAAUGAAAUAGGAAAAAAAAAUAAAUUUGUUUUUUAAUAUCAUUUCCUAAAGUAUAAAAUUGUAAUGCUAACGAUUAUCAGCUGGAUACGGUAUUCCCCUCAUAACACUGACUACGUUUACAUGGACAGCAGUAAUCUAAUUAUUGACCUUAUUCUAAGACAAUAUUCUGAUUAAGGUGUUUACAUGAGUUGCUUUUAGAAUAUUCCUUUCAUGUCCCUGUUUUACAUGUUAUAGAACACAGAUCGAUUAACGGCACACAUCAUUACGUCACCGAGCCACGCCGUCCGACAAAUUUCACGUAUCAACAUACAGUUGGUCUUCGUUAUGACACACACCUCGGAGAGCCCAGUGUCAAGGGUGACGUCACAAGAGCGUACUGUCUCUCACAAAACAUCAUUAGUGAAACGCCUAAUGAACACACCAUGUCGGAUCCCUGCACCUCGACUGGCUGGUGCAGGUCAGAUAACCGACUACCUUUACAUCAGCAGCGGCAAGACGGCCAAAGAUAGCUCGGUUUUAACUCGCCUCAAAAUCAACUGCAUCAUUAACGCUACACAUGAGAUGGACGCGAUGUGCAUUCCUUCUGUUGAAUAUCUUCAUGUGCCUGUCGCUGACUCUCCUUCAGCUCAACUCCAAGAAUAUUUUGACACCGUCGCAGACAAAAUACACGCGGUUAGUGCGCAGCGCGGUCGAGUGUUAGUACACUGCUGUGCAGGCGUGAGCCGUUCCGCGACGCUUUGUCUCGCCUACCUCCUGAAAUAUCGCGAUAUGUCGCUGAUGGACGCGCACGCGCUGGUCAGGGCCUGCAGGCCAAUCAUUCGACCUAACGGCGGUUUCUGGAAACAGCUGAUUGAUUACGAGCUCAAUUUACGUGGAACGAAUUCUGUAAGGAUGGUGGCUUCACCCUUGGGGCAAAUUCCAGACGUGUAUGAGAAGAACACUAGAAAUUUUAUACCACUUUAAAACUGGCAUAGCCUCUAAAUGGCACCUGUUGAAAUGAGUGUCACACCUCAGUGUGAAACAGGAUAAUGCAGCCUGUUUUAUAUCUAGAUCACCUCAACAUUUUAUGCAAUUUAGUGAUGUUUUACAAAAAAAAAUAGUCGAUAUGAAAAUGCAUUCAUUCAUUCCUAUUCAGUAAUCUCCUUUCUUUCUCUAGUGUUUUAAAUGACCAUUCCCUAGUCUUUGGUAAAUUACUGAUUUACCAAAGGAUGGCAGAUGUGAAUCAUCACAAUGUUCGCCUGGUUUAACUUGUAUUUCAUGUAUGCUUUUAUGUAAUUUAUGUAUGUAACAUAUUUUCUGCCAUAUAUUCCCUGAAACAGUUGAAAAACAUAGAUGUUUUCAAAUUCAGCUACUGUUUGUUGUCCUUUGUGUCUGAAGUACUUGCGAUAUUAAAGGUGAGGUCAGGGAUUCAAAAGUAAGCAUUAUAAUGUUAUUUGGCAAUGUUUUCAUAUUCCAGCAACUGUUCAGAGGGGAUUACAAAUCGUCUAAGAAUAGACAAUCUCUUGGGUCCAUUCCAGAAAGCAUCCAUUGAAAGUUAUCUUGAUAACCUCUUCAGUGUAUAUAUGCAUAUCCAGUUAUAUAUAAAUUUGUCUUUUUCCCUUCUGGUUUUCUUUAAUGCACAUUGAAUGUUGUAGCCUUUUUCAGAUGGUGAAUAUCUUGGAUAAGGUUAUUGGACAUGUAAUUUUGUUUUUUAUUUAAUAAAAUUAAAUAAAGUAUUUAAGUCUC